GCGCGCAGGCAGCAGGCGCGCGCGAACAGCAGGCGCGCGCGGGCAGCAGGGCGCGCGGGCAGCAGAGGCGCGCCGGCAACAGGGCGUGCCGGCAGCAGGGUGCGCCAGCAGCAGGGCGCGCGGGCAGCAGGCGCGCGCAGGCAGCAGGCGCGCGCGGGCAGUAGGGCGCGCGGACAGCAGGGCAGCGCGCGGGGCAGGGGCGCGCUGGGUAGGGCGCGCGGGCAGUAA